AUGGCCUCGCAACUGAGUCGAGAUGAUAGCUGCAUUCAACAGAUCUGUCCAAACCGGAUGAGGUUUGAACUCAUUCUUGUUUUCCUCAGUCUCGUGAGUAUUUGUGGUGCCCAUGAUUGCCAUAAGAUCGGAUUUUCGGCAUGGCAUGCCUACGAGCAUAAGAAGAUCAGAAUUCUUUACGACGAGCAAUACAUCCAUUUAGCGAAGCAAAUCGGUUGCUCUCUGAGCACCCUAAACAUAUCCAACAAAGAUUACCUCACUCCUCUCCAUCCAGGCCAUAGACUGAAGGAACUCUGCGUAAGCUCAGAUUUCCUCAGCCAUGCCAGUCCUCUACAUCUCACCAUAACCAUCACCGAAGCAGUUGAGCUUGAGGAGAUAUGCAUACCCGAGAUUGCUGCUCUUCAUUUGAAGAAGUUGGGGGAUAAGUGGAAGAAAAUGCACUUGUUGCCGGUGUCGGCUAUCGCUAUGAUUUUCUGCGUUGCUAUAGUUGGAGCUUUCACCUAUGUCGCACGUAGAAGAAAAGCAGGUGAUGAGCAAAGGUCACUUCAAAAUCGACGAGCUGAACAGCUUUCCGACUGGGGCCAGUCACCCGAACCCCGGCUGGCACUGCCAGAUGAUGACCAAAAAAGGGAAAACCUCGGACGAACCCCGACAGAGUUACCAGCUCUAGCGGAAGCCGUUUCAAAUACAGAUUUAGGAUGCACAGAUCCAUUACUGCCGGAAUUGGAAAAGACAUGA